UCUCAGCUCGCAGCCGGGGCUGUGCGUCUAGAGUGCGGUGCGUGAGUGCGCGCGUGCAUUGCAUUUCGGCCUUCGCUUGUUUCUCCGAAUAUCCUCGCAGCAGUCGCGAGUGCCGCGCCGCGAAAUUCGGCUUUCGAACGAAAAUUCGCUGUGUGCGUCGACAUGGUGCCGUGAAACGGUGCCGCGCCACAAGCUCAUAAUUUUUUCCAUUCUGGCGUUGAGAUGGACCCCCAGCAACAGCAGUUCUGUCUAAAGUGGAACAGUUUUGGAUCGAACCUCACAACCUCUUGCAGUAACCUCUUCAAAUCCGAGAGCUUGGCCGACGUCACGUUAUUUUGUGAUGGAGUGACGUUCAAGGCGCACAAACUGAUCCUGGCCGCCUGCAGCAAACACCUCGCCGACCUCUUCGACACCGCCCCCCUCCAUCAGACGUUGCUGGUCAUCCUCGACAACACCUCGGCAGCCAACAUGUCCGCCCUGUUGGAGUUCAUGUACAGGGGGGAGGUGCACGUGGCGCAGGACUCGCUGUCCAGCUUCCUCAAGGCGGCCGAAUGCCUGCAGGUCAAAGGGCUGAGCAUCGAGCACGAGAAGUUGGCCGUGGCGCAAACUGUGCCUGCUGAGGCCGUUGUGGAUUCACCGACGAGGAAGCAUCUCAAGGUAUUGAAAGAAGAAAUGGACAGCACCCCGCUCCCCAACAGCACCCACCACCAAUCCAGCCCGUCCCCCAGCUACUCCCCCUCCAUGUCCCCCUACAUGCACCAGCAGCACCUCUACCGCCACCAGUACCCCGACCAACAGCAGCAGCAGCGCUGCCCCACCUCCGGCACCGCCCAUCCGUACGACAGGCGACCGCAGCGCAGCCCCACCGAUUCGGCGCGAGCAUCCCUAUGCAGCCCUAACGAGUCGGCGCGCAGGCGCAGUCCCAACACCGUCAUGCAGGAGUCGGUGCGCGCGUCUGUGUUGCGGGACGGCAGUCGGGCGGCGGGCAGGCCGGGCUCGCCCGGACCGCUCUCGCUCGGGUACCGCCCAUCGAGCAGCUCGUCGAGUCUGCCCGGGCAGGAGGGGGCGCAGGAAGGGGCAGGUGAGGGUGGCGGGCAGACGUGCGUGGAGGGGAUGGGGACCGAGGUGGCGGCGAGGGAUCCGGGCUGUCCUGAGGAUCUGCGGAUGAAGAUGGACCCAGCGGCCUCUCAGCAGGACGAGUCGCCCAGCAGCACGGCAGGAGGUGGCAACGGAAGUGGAGGUGGUCCGAACAGCUCGACGGGCGGGGGGCCAAACGGCUUCAUCGGCCCCCAGACGAAAUACAACCACGACAGGGACAAGGACCUGAUACCGGCCAGCCUGUGGAGCACGGUGGCGGGGAAGCUGAGCCACAAGACGGGCACCGUCAAUACGCCCGACGGUAAAAAACUAAAGUGUCCUUUCUGCGAACGCCUCUACGGCUACGAGACCAACCUGCGCGCGCACAUCCGCCAGCGCCAUCAGGGCAUCCGAGUGCCCUGCCCUUUCUGCUCGAGAACCUUCACGCGCAACAACACCGUGCGCAGACAUAUUGCACGCGAGCACAAGACCGAGCUCAGCCUGAAGGCGUACCAGCAGACGCAGCAGCAGCACCAGCAGCAGCACCAACAGCAACAGGUGCAUCCCUGA